GCAUUGGGGGUGUGGGGGGGGUGUCCCCCCACUCUCCUUCUUGAGUUGAACCGCCCAGAGGAAGGGCAGGAACUCCUGGAGCACGCCUGUCACCCUCCGAACUACAUCUCCCACAAGACACGGCGAGGGGGGGGCCCUCGCUCUCCCGCCGCGCGCUAGGGACUGACCAAUCGUUGAAGACCUCGGGAACGUGGCCCCGUCUUCCCCGCCCCGCCGAAGGCCUCCUGGGCAGCGGAACUACGACUCCCAUGAGGCAUCGCGCGCCACCAUUUCCAGACUUGGCAGCCGGGCGGGGCCGGCUCCGGACUCCACUUCCCAGCAGGCGACGCGGCGCGGGGGGGGCGGGGCUCCAGUUCCCAGCAGGCUCCAGGCGGCGAGCGCCGCGGUGCCUUGUGUGGGAUGUAAGCGCGGAGGCCGCCGCCCGCCGCGAUGGGGCUGAAGGCCGCCCAGAAGACGCUGUUCCCGCUGCGCUCCAUCGACGACGUGGUGCGCCUGUUCGCCGCGGAGCUGGGCCGGGAGGAGCCCGACCUGGUGCUCCUCUCCCUGGUGCUGGGUUUCGUGGAGCACUUCCUAGCUGUCAACCGUGUCAUCCCCACCAACGUGCCCGAGCUCACCUUCCAGCCCAGCCCCGCGCCUGACCCGCCCGGCGGCCUCACCUACUUCCCCGUGGCCGACCUGUCCAUCAUCGCUGCCCUCUACGCCCGCUUCACCGCCCAGAUCCGAGGCGCCGUCGACCUGUCCCUCUACCCGCGAGAAGGGGGGGUCUCCAGCCGCGAGCUGGUGAAGAAGGUCUCCGAUGUCAUCUGGAACAGCCUCAGCCGCUCCUACUUCAAGGACCGGGCCCACAUCCAGUCUCUCUUCAGCUUCAUCACAGGCACCAAACUGGACAGCUCUGGCGUGGCCUUUGCCGUGGUCGGGGCCUGCCAGGCCCUGGGCCUGCGGGACGUGCACUUGGCCCUGUCUGAGGAUCAUGCUUGGGUAGUGUUUGGUCCCAAUGGGGAGCAGACAGCUGAGGUCACGUGGCACGGCAAAGGCAACGAGGACCGCAGGGGCCAGACCGUCAACGCCGGUGUGGCUGAGCGGAGCUGGCUGUACCUGAAGGGCUCCUACAUGCGCUGCGAUCGCAAGAUGGAGGUGGCGUUCAUGGUGUGUGCCAUCAACCCUUCUAUUGACCUGCACACGGACUCGCUGGAGCUCCUGCAACUGCAGCAGAAGCUGCUCUGGCUGCUCUAUGACCGGGGACAUCUGGAAAGGUACCCCAUGGCGCUGGGGAACCUGGCAGAUCUGGAGGAGCUGGAGCCCACCCCUGGCCGGCCAGACCCGCUCACCCUCUACCACAAGGGCAUUGCCUCCGCCAAGGCCUACUACCACGACGAGCACAUCUACCCCUACAUGUACCUGGCUGGCUACCACUGUCGCAACCGCAACGUGCGGGAAGCCCUGCAGGCCUGGGCCGACACCGCCACGGUCAUCCAGGACUACAACUACUGCCGGGAGGACGAGGAGAUCUACAAGGAGUUCUUUGAAGUGGCCAAUGACGUCAUCCCCAACCUGCUGAAGGAGGCGGCCAGCUUGCUGGAGGCCGGCGAGGAGCGGCCGGGGGAGCAGACGCAGGGUCCCCAGAGCCAGGGCUCUGCCCUCCAGGACCCCGAGUGCUUCGCUCACCUGCUGAGAUUCUACGAUGGCAUCUGCAAGUGGGAGGAGGGCAGCCCCACGCCUGUCCUGCACGUGGGCUGGGCCACCUUCCUCGUGCAGUCCCUGGGCCGCUUCGAGGGGCAGGUGCGGCAGAAGGUGCACAUCGUGAGCCGCGAGGCCGAGGCCGCCGAGACCGAGGAACCCUGGGGCGAGGAGGCCCGAGAAGGCCGGCGGCGGGGCCCGAGGCGGGAGUCGAAGCCGGAGGAGCCGCCGCCCCCCAAGAAGCCUGCCCUGGACAAGGGCCCCAACUCGGGUCAGGGUGCGAGUUCAGGACCGCCCCGCAAGCCCCCAGCACCGGCCGCAGGCGCCGGCCGAGGCCCGGAAGGCAGCAGCGCGGCCCCGGCCCCCGCGCCCGCCGCCUCCCCGCCGCCCGAAGGCCCCGUGCUCACUUUCCAGAGCGAGAAGAUGAAGGGCAUGAAGGAGCUGCUGGUGGCCACCAAGAUCAACUCGAGCGCCAUCAAGCUGCAGCUCACUGCGCAGUCGCAGGUGCAGAUGAAGAAGCAGAAGGUGUCCACGCCCAGCGACUACACGCUGUCCUUCCUCAAGCGGCAGCGCAAGGGCCUGUGACCCGCGGGGAGCCCCGAGCCCGCCGCCCCCGGCCCUCCCGGCCCCCUCCCCGGAGAGCAGGCCCGGCCGGGCUCCCCGGGACGCGGGGACCUUGGGACCCCAGGGCGAGCGCUGCAGGCCGAAUCCGCCGCGCCCCUUCCUGGACUGGCCGCGGGGACCGGAGGAAACCCCGGGGGAGGGGGGGAGGGGAGGCGGCGCGGGCCGCGCGCUCUUCCUGUUUUGUACAUAGAUUUAUUUUUCAGUUCUAAGGAAGAUGAAUACAUUUUGUUAAAAAAAAAAACAAAACAAUAAGGCCUGCACCUG